GGUCGGAAGACCGACGCAUCUCUUUCUCUCUCUCUCCCCCGACCCCCCAACCCUAAAUCCAAAGUGCUGCUCACAUGAGGAGGAACAGGAGUCGGAAAGAAGCAACCAGAUAUUGUUGGUGCCAGGUGCAGCUUUUUAAGGGGCCCAGUUCUGAGGGAGCAGAAACACAAGAGGAGUUUAUUGUACUUUGAAUCCUCAGAACCUAAGAUUCUUUAUUAUCAACCUUCAUUAGAGGGAGGAGGAAUAUAAAGUCUGUCCCCCACAUUACUUUACUCUUCAGAGCAGUAGUUAGGCAUCACCCAUUGGGGUACCAGGAUAAUACAGUUCACAUGACAGCUUCUUUCUUUUGGAGGCUCUGUGACCAAACCAAGCUUGAAGAGCUAAAAGUCACUGAGAGGACUUGAUUACCUCCCUGGGGUGGGGUGGGGAGAAAAAGAGAAGGUCCCAAGAAAAGCCUAUUCGCAUUGAAGGAAGAUUGAAGCAACAGUCUCUGGAUAUUGCUGCUCUUCCCACCCCCAAGCGUUGGACAUUCCUUUCAAAGGAGACCUGACGUCUGUGGGACUAGUUCAAGAUGUGUAGUUCGGUUGCUCCCAGGCUCUGGUUUUUAACGGAUCGUCGUAUUAGGGAAGACUACCCUCAACAACAAAUCCUGAGAGCACUCAAGGCCAAAUGUUGUGAAGAGGACCUGGACUUCCGAGCUUUGGUGAUGGAUGAAGUGGUCCUGACCAUUGAGCAAGGAAACCUUGGUCUUCGAGUCAACGGGGAACUCAUCACUGCUUACCCACAGGUAGUGGUGGUGCGUGUGCCAACACCAUGGGUCCAAAGUGACAGUGACAUUACAGUUCUUCGCCAUCUUGAGAAGAUGGGCUGCCGGCUCAUGAAUCGUCCCCAAGCCAUACUUAAUUGUGUCAAUAAGUUCUGGACUUUCCAGGAGCUAGCUGGCCAUGGUGUGCCUCUUCCAGACACCUUUUCCUAUGGUGGUCAUGAAAAUUUUGCCAAAAUGAUUGAUGAAGCAGAAGUGUUGGAGUUCCCCAUGGUUGUGAAGAACACACGUGGUCAUAGAGGUAAAGCUGUGUUUCUGGCAAGAGACAAGCACCAUUUGGCAGACUUGAGCCAUCUAAUUCGUCAUGAGGCCCCUUAUCUAUUCCAAAAAUAUGUUGAAGAAUCCCAUGGCAAAGAUGUUCGUGUCAUCGUAGUGGGAGGUCGUGUGGUGGGCACUAUGCUGCGUUGCUCAACAGAUGGUAGAAUGCAGAGCAAUUGCUCUCUUGGUGGCAUAGGAAUGAUGUGCUCGCUGAGUGAACAAGGCAAGCAGCUGGCAAUCCAGGUGUCUAACAUCUUGGGGAUGGAUGUAUGUGGCAUCGACCUCCUCAUGAAGGAUGAUGGCUCGUUCUACGUCUGCGAGGCCAAUGCAAAUGUAGGUUUCAUUGCCUUUGACAAGGCUUGUAAUCUAGAUGUAGCUGGUAUCAUAGCGGAUUAUGCCGCUUCCCUUCUUCCCCCCGGUCGCUUGACACGACGCAUGUCCUUGCUCUCUGUGGUGUCCACGGCUAGCGAGACUAGCGAGCCAGAGCUGGGCCCUCCAGCUAGCGCCACUGUCGAUAAUAUGAGCGCCAGCUCCAGCUCUGUCGACAGCGACCCUGAAACCACAGAGAGAGAGUUGCUCACCAAGCUCCCGGGGGGUAUAUUCAACAUGAACCAGCUAAUAGCCAAUGAGAUUAAGCUCCUGGUGGAGUGAUGCCACAUGUAAAUAAAUAUGACCAACUUUCUUGUACAUUUUUUUUUUUAAAAAAAAAACAACUACUUGUAGUGCUGUAUAUCAGAAGCAGCUUAUGGAGGUGAAGGGAGGUUUUAGUCUGGGGAUCAAGAUCAAAACGCAUGUUCUGUGAAUGCUGCUUUUUUGCUACUUAUUGAUUUUGCAGAACAUACGUUUAGUUGAUAUUUUUGACAGCCAAUUUCCCUUUGGUAAUGCCCAGUUAAGAACCUGCAUUUGUGUGGGGGAGGGGGUCGAAACCUUUGUGACAUUAGGGAUGCCACUGUGAUUUUUAAACUCAUUGCAGAGCAUGUGGGUUCAUAGGGAAGUGAUUCAGCUUGAUUUGUGCUUUCGGAACUUAGAAGUUUUAAUUCUCCAAAAGCAUUUGUAAACUAUUGUCUGUAACCAUCCCCUCACCUCAUUAGCGCUCAGUCCUAUUGGUUAUUUUAUACCCCUUGCUUUUUGUCCCAUUAGGAGUUUAUAGGUUAGGGCAGCCAAUUUCUGUUUCAUCCAAAGGUUCUAAAUAUCGGCAUUUCCCAUCUAACAUCUGUAGGAUCUGUGAGAAUUCGCAUCCCUGACAAACAGUCUGUAAUGGCCUCAAAAGUCUGGCCCUUAAAGCAAUUAAACAGGGUGCAGCAUUUAUUAGUUCAGCAUGAGCUUUUGAACCAAACCUGUGACUUCUGCCAUUUCAGUAUUAACAGAUGGGUUUAUGUCCAUACAUUUAUAUUUAAAACAAACCACUUUCUUUCGGAGAAAGAUUUUAGUAUGUGUGGAUUUUUAAGAAAUUAUUUUAAUUCCUGGGGUCGGGGGAGAAGGUAUGUCUAAAUUUCAGUCUUGUUCAUUGAUGGCAGAAGUGGCAUGUUUUCUUUUGCGCAAAAGGCAAAGAUAAACAGCACUGUUAACUUUUGGUGUACAAAAUAAUGUUUAAUCCGAUGUGAAAAAGAAUAACACUAGUUUAAAACAAAUGUGCAUUGACUUGUAUUUGUUAGUGUUUUAGUCCUUUUUGCAAGAUAUAUGCUAUGUUAAUGUUUCAUUUUUAAUACAUGCUCGUCCAACACUUCCUUCUCCAUGCCUGCAUCUUUAACAGUGGCCAAACUUGAAAAUACCCAUACUGUUUAACAUCACCAACUAUUUAACAAACAAAAACUAGACACUUUUUUUUAUCUGUUACCCUGAAAAAUGUGGGAGGGGGUGUGGAGGAGGGUUGAAGUGGUUGCAAAAUUCACAACCACCUUGGAGUAAACGUAAUGUGUUACUACUAUUAGUAACGUUUCUCUAUAGAACACAUUAAAAUCUAAAGUGACUUCCUAAGAAUAAAUCCUGAAGAGAAAUAAAGCAGGUUUUGGGCAACAACAUCGGACACUUUGCUAGUAAGGCCCAGCCAGAAUGGGAAUAUGAUUUAAGGCCACACUUCUGUGGAUCUCAGGCCCCUAUGUAUGUGUCUGUAUUUUGCUUUGUUUUGUCAUUGGUUUUUUGUCUGUCCAGUUCGUCACUCUUUUUUCCAGAAUGCCUGAUGAUCUCCUCUCCCAACCCCUACCCAACCCUGAUACUUCUGGCUGUGCAUUUUCUUAUUAAAUUUGAUAAAAGAA